AUGGAGUACGACUCAAGAACAGUCGCCGAGCACAAAGUGGCCAAGGACGCCUGGAUGACCAUCCAUGUAUAUGAUGUAACAGAAUAUCUCCAAGACCACCCUGGUGGUGCCGAAGUCCUAGCAGAGGCUGCUGGCACAGAUGCCACAGAAGACUUUGACAACGCUGGCCACUCGGAAGACGCAUUCGACAUUAUGGAAACCUAUAAAAUCGGCGCCCUCAAGGGCUACAAGCCAAAGCCCCAGCGCGAGGCCAUUACAGUGACACCAGCUCCCGAGAUGGAGAAGCCGGCACCGGGCAAGACACACUCGCUUCUACCGAAACACGCAAAUUCUGGCCUCUUCUUGCUGGCCGUGACUGGCGUCUACUACGGCGCCCGCCGUCACGGCCCCCCUACACCGAGAUGGCUGCUGUCCAUCCUCGACAAUGAGACGCCUGGCCGACGUGGCUUCGGCUUCACCAAGGGUCUGCUGGCAGGCGCCGGCAUCUUUGCCGUCGUUGGUGCGCUCCUUGCACAGCGUUUCGCGCGCAUGGCCGUCCAGAGCAAGCCCUUUAGCAGCUACCCAGCACACAUGCGAGUGCCCGAGCCAGUCCAAGAGGACACACUGCUGCAGCGUGGCCUGCUCGACCCCGCCACGUAUUUGCAUCUCCCGCUCAAGGCCAAGGUUCUGCUCUCGCCCAACGUGUAUCGCUUCACAUUCACUCUGCCCACGAUGGAGACUGUUCUCGGCCUACCCAUCGGGCAGCACGUCGCCAUCAAGGCGGGCGUGGCUGGCGAGAGCGUAUCGCGCUCCUACACGCCCGUCUCGAAUAACGCGGACCGCGGCGUGCUGGAACUCGUCAUCAAGGUGUAUCCCGACGGCAAGCUGACAAAUAACUACCUGAAGAAUCUGCAGGUGGGCGACGAGGUGCUCUUUCGCGGGCCCAAGGGCGCGAUGCGGUACACACGCGGCCUGGCAAAAAGAAUCGGCAUGGUCGCGGGCGGUACGGGCAUCACGCCCAUGUUUCAGGUUAUCCGCGCCAUUUGCGAGGACGACCGGGACUUGACGCAGGUGAGCCUCAUUUACGCCAACAAGACGGAGCAGGACAUUUUGCUGCGCAAGGAGCUCGACACGUUUGCGCGCCGCUACCCCAAGCAGUUUAAAGUCUUUUACCUUUUGGACAACCCGCCCGAAGAUUGGGCGUAUGGAGAGGGGUACUGCACGCAGGAGCUCAUCGAGGAGAAGCUGCCAAGCGCGAGCACCGAUACCAAGAUGAUGCUGUGCGGUCCUCCGGAUAUGGUGAGUGCGGCCAAGAAUGCCUUGGUGAAUUUGGGGUUUGAAAAGCCUGGUGCAAUGCCGAAAAUGACGGAUCAGAUUUUUCUCUUUUAG